AUGCAAAAUUACCCAAACCCUAUGAACCCAAGUGUGGUUGGAAUUGAUGCAUUGGGCAGACAUAUAGAUCCCUCUGUAAAGUUGCACAGCCAUAGAUUUCUCAGCACAGAGUGGGGACUACCUUCCACUGUGAAAUCUCUUAUUGGUGUGGCAAGAACCAAAACAUAUGUGCAAGAACAUUCUAUAACUGAUCCUGUAGAGAAAACAAUGGAACUUAAAUCUACCAAUAUUUCAUUUACAAAUAUGAUUUCAGUAGAUGAGAGACUUACAUACAAACUAUACCCUCAGGACCCAGAAAAAACUGUUCUGACUCAAGAAGCCAUAGUUUCUGUGAAAGGAGUCAGUCUCAACAGUUGUCUCGAAGGACUGAUGUCAAGUAUGGCAUUUUCAAACAUUAAUAAAGGCUGA